GCAUAAGAUACAAAACGUUGGCAACUCACUUUCAGCAGAACUGCUGUGCCGGUCGAACGUAACCUGAAAUUUGUUUAUUGAAAGUCUAUAGUUUAGUAACUUUAAUUCUAAUAAUCUAAAUAAAUUAUGUUGCAUUGCGCAUUAUACACAGAACGCGAACGCAAAUUCAUUUGCGACCUAAUAAAAUCCAAUGCGCGCCCUGAUGGUCGAAAAAUUGAUGAAUUUCGCCAAAUGAAAAUUAAUUUUGGUGCCGAUUGGGGAAGUGUGAUGGUUUCUUUAGGUAAAACCAAAGUUCUAGUGCAAGCAUCAUGUGAUUUAGGCGUACCAAAGGCUACAAGACCCAAUGAAGGUGUUCUAUUUAUUAACGUGGAAAUCGGUCCAAUGGCUUCUCCACAGUUCGAAAUUGGCCGUCAAGGGAGCCUAGUUUUAAAAAUAAAAAGUAUGCUCGAGCGAACGUUUAAGGAAUCGGGAGCAGUUGAUUUAGAGUCAUUGUGUGUGAAAGCAGAGGAGUGCGUGUGGAUUUUACGAAUUGAUAUAAAUGUUUUGAAUCACGAUGGAAAUUUGACUGCUGCUUGCGCCAUUGGUACGGUAGCUGCAUUAGCUCAUUUUAGGCGUCCUGAUGUUAGCAUAAUCGAAGGUGAUGUUAACAUACAUCCCGCGUCUGAGAAAGAUUUUAUACCAAUGGUACUGCAUCACUAUCCUAUUUGUGUCACUUACGCCAUAUUUGAUGACGGACAAAUUACUCUUGCGGAUCCUACUUUUCAGGAAGAGAGAGCUUCUCAAUCCGAAUUAGUGUUUGGAAUAAAUUCGUAUAGAGAAAUUUGCUGUUUUAACCUGGGUGGUUCAGCACAAGUAGCCCCACGCGUUCUUGUAAAAUGUUUAAAAAAUGCUGCGGAUAAAAGUAUAGCUAUAAUUGAACAAAUAAAAGUACUUGUUGAAACUGAUUUAGCAAAUAGAACCGAUAAGAAAACAGUUUGUUUCAGUGAUACUUUAAAUUUACAAGAAGUGAUGAAUACGGGUCAUGUAAUUGCAACGCUAACAACAUAUAGUGCCCCAGGUGUUAAAAAAAUGGAAACAAAUUUCUCAGAAUCGUCUAAUGAUGAUGACAGUGAAAUGUAUGACGAAUCAAGCGAUGUUGAUAAUGCUACUCUUGAAGAAGUCAUCUCACUUGGAAAGGACAUAGCUUUGCUACAAUCGAAUCAAUCGGAUAUAGAAUGUAUUGUGUCUAGCUCAGACGAAACUUCCACGAAAAAAAGUGAAACUAAAACCCUUGAAACAAAAUAUUCCAAGUUACGUCAAAAAAUUACUAAAGGAACUAAGGAGAAAGCAAAUGAAGAUGAUGGAAGUGACUCGGAAGAGGAAACAACAGUUAUAUUAAAAUAAUUUUUCAAAUUUAAAUUUUAGGCUUUAAUAUUAAUAAAAAG